UGCCGAUCGACCACCAGUCAGUCAACAGGUGAACACACACCUUGAUACAACACCGUAUCGAAUCCGUAAAACAAACGCAGAUACAAGGAUCAACCUUCGCAGUGUUACUAUCGAUGAAAGGGAGUUUUGUGACACGCGAUCAGAACUGUUUUUCCACUGUUGUAGAGUCACGAGGGAAUGGACUGGUGAUUAAGUGAAUGGACUUUUUUUAGUUAAAUUUUUGUAAUGAUGAGUGACGAACCUGACAGUUUGCAAACCUUGAAUUCCUUGGAUUGUUGGGAUUACAGAUUUGAAUUGGAAUGUCUGGAGGGAAAUUCAGAUCUUCACCUUGCUGCCGAGUUGGGAAAAACGCUGCUGGAAAGAAACAAAGAUUUGGAGACCACCCUUAAAGAUUAUAAAGCUAUCAUUGAGGAUCGAACUCAAGAAAUUGAGUACCUCACCAAACAAACAAACGCCCUCAGAGAGGUCAACGACUCGCGCUUGCGCAUCUAUGAACAACUCGAGGUGAGCAUCCAAGAUCUGGAACACACCAACCACAGACUUCUGCUUGAAAAUGCGGCAGAGAAGAAGCAAAUCAAAAACUUGAACGCCACCAUAUAUUCCUUGGAAGCGAAAUGCGAGGAUUUGCAAUCGACUAUCGACGACCUAACGCUCCAGCUGAAAGUGCUCAAAAAAUCUCAUGCCAGCGAGGCGGCAGAAAAGGCGGCGGCGGAGAGCAUCAGGAAAUGCAUUUCUCCGCAAGAUGACAAGUUGGAGGAGGGCGACGAUUUAGAUUCUUGUGGACGUUCAGAGACAAAGACUCACACUACUUCACGAAAAAAUAAUGUACCCGCCCCACACACGACCGCGGCGACGGACCAACCGAGAAGCUUCGACAGCGGCAUCCAGAACCGAGAAGAAUUUUACGAAUCUGACAGCAGCAUGGAACAAAUGACACAACUGCUCGCUCAACUCGAAAAAACGAGAGCACAGUGCUCGAGAGACGAAAGGAGAAUAGCUGAAUUGGAAGAACAAUUGUCGACGAUGGUGCAGCAGAAUCAAGAGUUCGAAAAUCAAGUGAUGCUUUUCGCCAACAGAGGAGAUGAUUUGAAUGCAAAGAGUAUGCACGAAGAGCUCACGACGGUGGAAGAAGUGAGACAAGGCCAGAUAUGUAGCAGGUGUCUACGCAAUGUUGACUACAGCGAGAGCGAAAUCCUUGACGAUGAUAGUUCUAGCGUGCUGGAAGAAAUGAUGGAGCCAAUAAUGCAUCAUUCUUCAUUCUCCAUGCAAGUUCAGGCCCAUCCCGCCGAUGACUCGAUCGCUGAUCAGUCCGAUAACCCCUACCAAGACCUGGUGGAAAAGUUCGAAGCGUUGGAUGACGUUCGCAAAGCUGUCAAGCUAAACCAAUCGUUCUCCCUUCAGAAAGAAAUGCAAAUGUCAGACGCCUACAGCAUCUUCAACACCAAAGACACCGAUGAGGAAAGCGGCAACGGCGACAGUCUGCACCCCGGAAGCCAUAAGAAAAGCCUCAAAACGUGCUCUACUCCCACUGACUUCUCCGAGGCCGAAACGAACUCUUCGGGAUACGUAGACGAGACACACUGUAAGAGUACGCAAACGGAAGGACGCCUCGGGGAGUUUUUGUUAUCACUCGCCGACGGAGACGAUUGCAAUUUCAGCAGGUACAACGAGCACAAUCUCAUAAACGCGAGAUUCAAGGACAAUCCAGAGUAUCAACAGGUGUUCAAGGAGAUUUUUGUCGUAUUGAAGAAUGCUGCUAAGAGAAAAGCGGAGGGUGGCGACUUACCUCUGCUGGAUGACCAUACUUCCAUGAAAGCGUCCCCCAAGAAACUCUCAAAUCCCCAGAAACCGGACGACGACACACAGAGCGUCGUCUCUUCCGCCAUGUCGGAACUGUCGAAAAUCGUUCCGUCUGCCGUUGUAGAAAACGAAAACCAACCUCCAAAACAGUCUGAGAUAGAAAAAUCCCAGGAGCGAGUAGGACGACCAAAAAUACAUACACUGGACUUUCUCUCAGUCGAAGUGCGCAAACGCUCCUCUUCUAGGCGCAAAAGCAGGCUCUCCGAUGAAGGAGACAGAUCCGAGUCUCCUGCCACGCUCAUUGGCAACAUCACAGUCAACCAUUCCAGUAGACCAAACAGCGCUCGCAAACGUCGCGGACAAUCGAGGAAUAUGACCAUGGAAACUGAUCACGGCAACGCUGCCUCCCCCACUCCGAGUCAAGGUAGUGUGAAGUUUGAAUUCAAGCGUAGCUCGGCUUCUAAGGAUUUACACAAAUUGAAGAAGUUGGACACGACUUACGCAAAGGUGUUGUGUGAAACCAAGAAGAGUGACACUAAGGUUGCGGAAGCUAAGAUUGCGCAAGCGUUAUUCAGUCAGAACAAACGUGACCUUUGGGACACAAGACCAAGUAUGCCGCGAUUUCAUCAUCAAAGACGUUUCUAAUUGUAAUAGUUUUAGGUUGAGUAUUGAGAUCAUGAGAAGAUUGAGGUUGAGGAAUAUUCGCAAGUUUUUGGACAAUGUGAACGUUUGAUGAAGAUUGAUAAUGGAUAGUAGCUUCAACGUGGAAAUAAAUAUAGCCCGAUUCGUUUUUGUUCUACUGAGUAACUACUGAAAUAUUAUCGUAUUCAUAGUUCAACAGAUUGUAAAUUCUAAUUAUAAAUAAUUUCAUAUAAACUA